UCAUCUCAACUGUAACGAUAUAUUAACCCGUGCCGCGCAGGAGGGAAUGGACGCAGCUCCAGAUGCUACACUGCUGGAUUUCACUGGCAUUUCCCGGCCACAGCCGAAGUUCCAGCUGGUCACCUCGACUGAUUUCCAAAUGCGGUCCGAUUUCGAGGAGUUCAAAGUGGCUUACAACAGGAGUUAUGACGGAGAGGAAGAAGAGAAUCGCCGUUUCCAGAUCUUCGUGGAGAACAUGAAGAAAGCUGAGCAGAUGGAAGACGACGACAGAGGAACGGCCGAGCACGGAGUCACCGAAUUCAGUGACAUGACAGACGAAGAAUUCGAGCAGUUCUACCUCAACCCGUUGAUGAUGAACGACACGUCCUGGAUGCAGGAGAUGGCGAAGGUGCCGGUGGCCGAACCGAUUGCGGACUGUCGGAUUCGUCGGCGAAUAGACUGGAGAAGUUACGGUGCGGUAACGUCAGUCAAAAAUCAGGUCCUGCUCUGUUGUUCGGUAUCGGGUGCGGAUAUCGCAAUGUUCCGGCUUCUCGUUGCCUGCCUGGUGGCGACCCAGCUCGUCCCGUCGUGGUGCUCCUCCCCGGCGGAUCUGCCAGAAGAUGAGGAGGACGAGGCGAUGUUCCAAAUGCGGUCCGAUUUCGAGGAGUUCAAAGUGGCUUACAAAAGGAGUUAUGACGUAGAGGAAGAAGAGAAUCGCCGUUUCCAGAUCUUUGUGGAGAACAUGAAGAAGGCUCAGAUGUUUGAGAAGGACGACACAGGAACGGCCGAGCAUGGAAUCACCGAAUUCAGUGACAUGACAGAUGAAGAAUUCAAUCAGUUCUACCUCAACCCAGUAAUGAUGAACGACUCAUCCUGGAUGGAGGAGAUGGCGAAAAUACCCAUGGCCGAACCCCUGCCAGAAUGUCGGAUAACACGCCAAUGGGACUGGCGUAGCAAAGGAGCUGUAACUGUGGUCAGAAAUCAGAGGAGGUGCUCUGCGUCCUGGGCUUUUGCGUGUGUCGCCAAUGUCGAGUCGCUGUGGUACUUGAAGACGAAAAGACUGACUGUCCUCUCGGAGCAAGAGCUCCUGGACUGUGACAGGUACGACAGGGCUUGUAAAGGUGGUUUUCCCUUCAGCGGGUUCUACGGUAUAGUACGUCUGGGGGGGUUGAUGUCUCAAAGGCGAUACCCCUACAAGGCCAGGAAGUGUACGUGCAGGCAGGUACGCCAGAGACGUGUCGCCAUCGUAAAGACCUACCGAAACAUCACCCCUUAUGAGCAAGAAAUGCAGAGGUGGGUGUACCGAAGAGGACCCAUCGUCGUCUCAAUGAACGGCAUCCUGCUGAAAACCUACAGGAGGGGAAUACUGCGGCCUAGCUCAUUCAGGUGCCCAUCGAACAAUUUCAACAUCGUCGUGUGCAUUGUGGGAUACGGCUACCAAAGGAGGAUGCCGUUCUGGAUCAUGAAGAAUAGCUGGGGACAGAGAUGGGGAGAGGGGGGAUAUUUCCGCCUGUACCUUGGGGAGAAGAGCUGUGGAGUGAAUCGCUUCCCAAUGACUGCAGUUCUUUAAAUCGUGCGGUCCGGGGCGCACUGCUGUCGCCCUCGGCGAUCUGAGGCGGCGAGGCGUCGGGAGGAAGAUCCUCCACCUUUGCAGCUUGGCGUGGCGUUUCUGCACAAACACGACCUAUUCCAACACACACCCCUACCACAGCAUCACGUCACUACCCACGUCACUGCCCCUUUCUACCCUGUCCCAUUCCAGUCCCUCGGCCACACACAGCAGCAUCUUCGACUGUCUGACAACCCCGUGGCCGCCCCCACCGCGAGUCCGACCCGCCUGGACUUGUCAGCAGACUCCACCCGGCUAACGUGAGCCCUGGUAUGGAACCCACCCCCACCUCCCAGGGAGGCACCAGUUAGAGACCCCGAGCGACGUAGUGAGUGGAACAGGCGGCCGUGACGCCGUCCAUCGGGAAAACUUGGUUUCACUGCAGUGGAUUUGUUUGCGAGAGGCGGGUCCCAUUCGAAUUCUGGCUCAUUGGAAGGGGUGGGUUCAAGGCAUCAAUUUCCUUAGAUCACGGGGUUGUCAGUUGGAAUGUUUCUGAUUGGAAUGAAUGGAUUCAGACCGAUAGCUUUUCCAGUGGAACACUUUUCUUCGGGAAGGGUUUGGUUCAUUUCCCUGCUGUGUCCCACCCUGGCGUUUCUGUGGUUGAACAAGCUCUGCAUUUUUGUGGCUUUUGCAAAGACUCAAUAAAAUAA